AACUGAAGGGUUAGACAGCGUGUGACAGAACUUCCCCCUCCUGUGUGAUGAAUAAACUUCGUGAAUCUCGCAAUACUGAGUGAGAGAUGAUGGCGUCAAGCCUCUGUGUGGUGGGGAACUGUUACGGAAUCUUCGUGCUGUACCCAUUUGCAACUCGCUAAUCUUCAAAAGGAAAGUAAGAACAGUACCAUCUGGCCAUUACAUGUCCGCACUACUUGCUUUGCCUAAAGCAAGGAACAUUUGCUUCAAAAUCUCCGGACCUUGAACUCUAGCCAGCUUCCAUAGAAGUCACACACAAUUUCAUUUAAACGAUUUGAUUUAUGCAAGACUGGUUACUGAACAUAAUUUCCUGGUUAUAUAUUUGUAAUAUUUAAUUAUAUUCUGAUUGACAUCCAAUUUUAAGUAACUAUGAUUUCAUUAAUUGCAUCAUGAGUACUCUGAUAAUAAACGGAGUCUAAACUUAAACCUCCUCGACUCUGUACUCUGUUUGUGUCCAAGCAUUUUCCUGACAUUUUGGUGCCGAGACCCGGGACAAUUUAACUCAACAGGAAGUUUUGCUUGGACUAGAUAUUUGUAUUUGUGAAUGAUCUUUUAAUUCAUUAUCAGUCACUUUUAUGCUAUAUUUUUAUGUAACCUAUAAUUAUUAUCAUAUGAAUGUUAUCCAUGUUUCUUUGACUGUUACGUAAGCUUUGGAUCAUAGCCACCUCACCUUAAUUGAAGGUAUUUGAUGUAAAUAGCUAAAACUAAAUGAAAUGGAAAAGUGGGCAGAGAUUGGAAAAGCAGAAGGCUUAGAAGGUGAGAGCUUAUUGCAGUUUGUUAGAGAAAGAGAGUCUGCAGCUAGAGAAGAGCGAGUGCAGUUACUUGAAUUGAAAAGAAAUGAAAUAGCUAUUUUGGAACUCAAAACAAAACUCUCUGAAUCGAGAAUUGAAAAUGAGGAAACACUCUCUAAACCAAAAGUAAAAGUGCCUAAACUCCCCAUUUUUAAUGAGGAAAAGGAUGAUCUUGAUAGCUAUCUUCUCCGGUUUGAAAAAUAUGCCGUGGUGCACGGGUGGCCUAGGGACACCUGGGCAUUGAACCUUAGUGCCCUGCUCUCUGGCAAGGCCUUGCAGGUAUAUGCUAGGUUGCCUGCAAGGAGUUCCCAAGACUAUGAUCAAUUGAGAGAAGCCCUCUUUAAACGUUUUAACUUGACAGAGGAAGGCUUCCGUAAGAAAUUCCGCAACGCUAGACCAGAAAAAGAUGAAAAUUCACAUGAAUUCAUUCUCAGAUUAGAUAAUUUGUUUGAUAGAUGGUUACAACUUGCAAAUAUUGGUAAUAACUUCUACGAACUAAAAAAGCUAAUGGUACGGGAGCAAUUUUUAAGUAAAUGUUCUCCAGAUUUGUUGAUUUUCUUAAAGGAACACGGCGUUUCAACACUUGAAGAACUUGGACAGUUAGCUGAGGAUUUUGUUGAAGCCAGAAGAUCCACGUUCUCCCAAUUCUGUCAACCUGAUAGGAAGCCCAGCUCGGCAACUCCUAAUCGUCCCUCGACUAGUCAACCUCAGAAGAUGAACCAGUCAACUCGUCCUAUGGGACCACCGAAUCGUCUCCGUCCUCCUAGGACCUGUUACAUCUGUAAGAGACCAGGUCAUCUUGCUAAUGACUGCCGUUUCCGUUCAACACCAGUUCAUGCGUCCUUUCUUCAAGAAACUGGAAACGAUGUUGAAGAGUUAGCUGAUGAUGAAACAGGUAACUAUCUUAAUGAUAUUUCCCCAGAUGCACAAUUGGAAGAUAAUGAUCACUCUAACCAUGAUCCUAACGAUAACCUGACACAUCCUGAACAGGAUGUUAUCGCUUUUUGUGCCUUUCCUGAACAGCUAGAAGAAUGCUGUGUUGACUCAGACCGUGUAACACUGAAAUGCGGUCACCAAAUCCCUAUACUAUCUGCUGCCUGUGGAGAGAGGAACUCCGAGGAGAUGCCAGUAGUUGCAGGAUUCGUUGGUAAACAACAAGUUAAAGUCCUUAGGGAUAGUGGAUGUAGCGGAGUUAUCAUCCGAAGGGGCCUAGUCCAUGAGGACCAAUUGACCGGUGAGAUCAGGGUUUGUGUGUUGAUUGAUCACACAGUCAGAAAGAUGCCAGUAGCACGUGUUCACAUUGAUACCCCAUUUUAUAAGGGUGAUGUUACUGCUCUAUGUGUUAAAAACCCAAUUUAUGAUCUUGUUUUAGGAAACAUAUCAGGUGUCCGCUGUCCAUCAGACCCAGACCCAGAGUGGAAGCCAGACUACUCACCAUCAGAGAUAGAGCAACCAAGCACUGAUGGAAUACUCGACCAGGCUCAAGCUGUUCAGACCCGAACACAGAAAGCAAGAACUGACCAACCAGCUCAACCUUUGAGAGUACCUCCUCCCAUCACCGAUGUUGUGACAGCAAAGUCCCUACUAAAGGAGCAACAGUCUGAUUCAUCCCUUAGUCGUUGCUUCCAGCUAGCACAAGACAGUGAUCCAAAGGUUAGUAAAGAUGGAUCUGUAUCACGGUUUCUUGUGGAAAAGGGGAUCCUUUAUAGGGAAAACAAAGACCCUAAGACUGAUGUUACUGAUUUGCAGGUAGUUCUUCCAACAUCACUUCGCCAGCAAGUGAUGAAGAUUGCCCAUGAAUCACUCCUUGGUGGUCACCAAGGAAUCAAGAAGACCUCUGACCGGAUAUUGAGAAACUUCUAUUGGCCAGGUAUAAUUGGAGAUAUAUCCCGUUUUGUCCAAUCUUGUGACAUUUGCCAAAGAACCUUCCCGAAAGGAAGAGUUCAGAAAGUUCCCUUGGGUGACAUGCCCAUCAUCGACACGCCAUUCAAACGUGUAGCGGUUGACAUUGUGGGUCCUAUAGAACCAAGGACAUCUCGAGGUAAUAAGUACAUACUUACCUUAGUAGAUUUUGCCACCCGGUACCCCGAAGCUAUUGCUAUGAAAAAUAUUGAAGCAGUAACCAUUGUUGAUGCUCUUGUCGAUAUUUUUUCUCGUAUUGGUGUGCCACAGGAAAUUCUUAGUGACAGAGGAUCUCAGUUUACUUCGGGUUUGUUCGCAGAAGUGACUAAACUGCUGUCGUUGCGCCAACUGUUCACCACUCCUUAUCAUCCUGCUGGGAACGGUUUGGUGGAAAGAUUCAACGGAACCCUGAAGUUGAUGCUCCGCCGAAUGUGUGCAGAGAAACCAACUGAUUGGGAUAGAUAUCUUGGAGCACUGCUGUUCGCCUAUCGUGAAGCCCCUCAGGCAAGCUUAGGCUUCUCUCCGUUUGAGUUGAUUUAUGGCAGGCGGGUCCGUGGGCCUCUAACCCUGCUUAAGGAGCUGUGGACAGGUGAAUCCCCACAUGAUGAGACCCGCAGUACCUACGAAUACGUCUUUGAAUUGCAGAACAAACUACAAGACACUUGUAAGUUAGCCCACGAACACCUGAAGAAGGCAAAAGAGUCACAACAAGCCUACUACAACAAGAAAAGCCGCAAUCGCUCCUUUGCUAUUGGGGAUAAGGUGUUGCUGUUACUCCCUACUGCAAACAACAAGUUACUUCUCCACUGGAAGGGACCUUUCCCCGUAGUUGGUCGUCAAGGUCAAAGUGAUUAUAAGAUAGACCUCAACGGUCAAAUCAAGACCUUUCAUGCGAACUUACUUAAAGCCUAUCAUGAACGAAAUGAGGCCGCUGCCAUGAUAACACAAGACUUUGACAUCCCGUUGCCAAACAAGUCGGUCUGUUGUCAAACUCCUGCACUGACUGCAAAAGAGGGGCCUUCCCAAGUACAUGUCAAUGAGGAGUUGUCAGAAACUCAAAAGACCCAACUUCGUGAAGUCCUUGGAGAAUAUGCUGACGUUCUCACUGACUUGCCAGGGAAAACCGAUGUUAUGACACAUGACAUCCAGCUUACAUCGAGCGAGCCUUUUCGGAAGAAGCAGUAUCCCAUUCCCCAUGCCUUACAGACGACAGUGAGGAAAGAAGUGGAAGACAUGCUUACCAUGGAGAUUAUUGAGCCGUCCCAGUCACCCUACGCUUCUCCCAUUGUGCUAAUUGACAAAAAGGAUGGUAGUAAACGAUUCUGCAUCGACUUUCGGACCUUGAAUCGGAUGACGGUGUUUGAUGCAGAGCCACUCCCUGAUCCAGAACACAUCUUUGCGUCAAUAUCUCAAGAUUGUUAUUUCAGCAAGUUGGACCUCACCAAAGGUUAUUGGCAGGUACCAGUUGCUGAAAGUGCCAAGCCCUACACUGCAUUCCUUACACCAGCUGGCUUGUUCCAAUUCAGAAUGAUGCCCUUUGGCCUCGUCAACGCGCCAGCCACGUUCACCAGGAUGAUGCGACAGGUACUACAAGGCUUGGAGAAGACCGACAAUUUCAUUGACGACAUAUUGAUCCAUACCAAGACAUGGGAGAAUCACAUCGAGGUUCUCACAGCACUCCUUGAGAGGUUGCGAUCGGUUCACCUGACUGCUAAACCGAGUAAGUGCGAAGUGGGUUGUCAAUCACUAGAGUUUCUUGGCCAUGUAGUGGGUAAAGGGACCUUACGACCUCAGAGUGACAAGCUCCUCAAGAUCCAGGAUGCCAAGCCUCCUCGCACCAAGAAAGAGCUGCGUUCUUUCCUGGGCUUCGUGGGUUAUUACCGCCGAUUUAUUCCCAACUUUGCGGCAGUGGCAUCUCCACUAACUGAUCUCACGAAGGCUAAGCUGCCCAAUCGCAUCGAAUGGGGGGAUAGCCAGGAAGGCGCUUUCAAUGCAUUGAAAGCGCAUCUCGCCUCUUCGCCAAUCCUUCAGUUGCCUAACAGUGAUAAGCCAUACUUUCUUCGCACGGAUGCGUCGAAUAUCGGUAUAGGUGCCGUCCUACUUCAGGAGAAUGAAGAGACAAAGGAGAAGUUUCCUGUGAGCUAUUCAAGUAAGAAGUUACUGCCUCGUGAGAAAUCAUACGCCACAGUUGAGAAAGAGGCUCUGGCCAUUGUAUGGGGAAUACAGAAGUAUGAACCAUACCUGUAUGGUAGAGAGUUCGUACUUCAGACUGACCAUCAAGCCCUGACGUAUCUUCAUCGCGCAAAACAGACAAACGCGCGGAUCAUGCGCUGGGCACUCACUCUUCAGCCCUAUCGCUUCAGAGUUGAGAGUAUUAAAAGUUCUCAGAAUGUGGGCGCUGACUUCCUAAGUCGAGCUGAGUUCAACGAAUAAACCCCUGCAUCGCUUGAGUCCAUAUUUGAAAUUGUUCAGAAUGUUUAAGAAUGUUUUCUCAUUCCAAAAAAAUUAUGCUUACACAAUUUUUUUUUAUCUAAGGAGGGAGGAAAUUGUCAGAAAACUACCCUUCUUUGUAACCAAAUACUUUUUCUUCAUUUCAGAUAUACAGGAGCUGCAAUUCGCUUUUCUUUGUAAUGCAAAUAAGUUGCUAGAGCAGGAGUGUGAGUGGUAGUGAGAGUGACUCUAGGAUGGUUGAGCGGAUUUGAAUGAGUGUGUACAAGUGAAUGGGUUGUAUGUGAGGGGUUUCUCAGUUUGUCUCACUGCUAAUUGAGGAAGCCAUUUAGGUGGUCAUAGAGGAAAGACUUCUAGCAUGUCCAUUCCUUAUCAGCCAUGUUACUGAAUUUAUUUUGAAGCCAAGCACUACCAAAGCUGAAUUGUGGCUCCUCCCUUUGGGGACUAGGACAGAG